AUCAUGAUGCUGGCAACACUGGGCUCCGGCUCCACACAUGAGACAUUGGGCCUAAAUCAACCCAAUCCAAUGGUAAAAAAAACCGGGUCCAUUUCCAGACAGUGUCUGACGUGGACGAACGUAUGAGGAGAAAGGUGGCGUUUGAGUUGCCAUUUAUACAGGGAAAAGAGGUAGCCGAACUCCACCGUAAAAUCCUCCUCCAGAUUAUCGAUUCCAGCCUCUUAGCGCCGCCACACUCAUCCGCGCCCGGCGCUUCCCCGUUAGAUUCUUUAUCCGUUGCCAUGAUCAAUACCUUUGCAGCUGCAAACACAGCUAUUGUGAUCCGUUGCCAGUCGCCGCAAAAGCUUAGUUUCCGAUACGUUCCUUCCGCUGCUUCUCCCAGAGGCAUCGGUGUCUAUCUGUCUUCACCGGGAAGAGUAAGCGGUUGUGGUAGCCGCAUAAUAGCAACAAUUCCUGUUGCUAUUAGAAGUGUAUUUCUCUGUUAUUAGUUGUUAGCUUACCUUGAAACCUUAUGCAAUUGCAAUGCCAUUCCUCUACCUUGAAUUAGCUUAGUGUGAUAAUAAUUUCCUUUUUGAGAGAAUGCAUAUAUGCAUACAAAAUUGGUCUCUGCAUGAGUACCUUGUUUAGUUUCAAAUGCAAUAGACAAAUUAAUCGGCUAUGUGAUUGAGGUUGCGGUAAGUGUCAAUGGCAUGUUACUUCGUGAGCAAAGUCAUUAUUUCAUCAUGUGCUUUUAAUGGGGACGGUGAAUGUGGUAUGAAAUGAUAUAUUGGCUCCUGCAUGAGUGUGCCACAGUGGAACACGGAGAUGAUUGAAACUCUAGAAGAAGCUUGCCUGAAAUUCCUUGGGAAGGAUGAAUUGAUGAAAUUGGAGAGAGAAUAGAGGAAGAAAAAGACAAUAAAUUGAUGCCAAAUGACACAUACAUGCACGUGGUAGUUCUUGAAGUGCAUCCUUAAUGCAAUUUAGCAUGAGAGGUAAGAAUUACCUUAUGCUCCAUUGGCUCAUAGUUUAUUUUCUGUUAUCUGUGUUUGCUUUAGUUUUGCUAGUUGCUACACUUUUGGAUUUAAUAGUCACACAGCUAGUUGUCAUGUUGGGAUCCAAUAGUUGGCUAAGUUUUUGUCUGAAUUUGUGUCCUAGGUUUUCCCCAUUAUUAAGUUAGGCACAUUCAGGCAUUUUAGCAACAUAAGUUGAUUCGACAUAUCAAACUUUGUGCGGAAUCAACUUGCGGUCAAUAA